AGCCGGUGACGUUGCUUGGUGUCGCUGAAGGAGGGAGGGACGCCUGAUGUUCCCAGGCUGGAGGCGCGCAGCAGGCGCACCUUUCCCACCUUCUCACAGAGGAAUAAAGAUCUCCCUUCACUCUUUAUGUGGCUCCAUCCUGGAAAAACAACAAAACAAACAAAAACAAAGGAAACAACUCGGAUACUUUCUCCAGACUUUUUUCCCCCAGUCCACCUGCCGCUUAAUUCGCCGCUCUCCACUUUCCACCGCCGGAGUGGAGGCGCAGCUGCGCCGCUUCAUAAAUCUGAGACUUGAAUGGUGCGAAAGUACACCAGGAUUAUCACCUGACAUCACCUUGAGGGAACUCAAAGUGAUCGCUCUGUAAGAUUACCUGUUCUCCGAUGUCAGCUGCACUGUAAUAAUGCCUUUGAGGCUACAAUGUCGACGCUGAAGCACGUUAUUCUGCAGGAUAAAGACCAGGACAAUGAGAAGCUGGACUGGAGUUACAUCAGCGACUGGGCUGACAAUGAAGUUGUCACGACAGGAGUCGCAGACGCAGAAACCCAAACGGACUCGGGGCUUUUUGAGCACAAGGAGUGUCAGACCAGCAGCCCCGUCAUAAUGCACAUAGAUCUCACCCGGACACACUCCAAACUGAGACACCUUUCUCUGAUGGACACCGAGGGCCUGGUGGCGCCUUUGUUCCAGUUUGAUCGCCAGGCUCCGGGGCGCAUCUCUACAUCUCCCACCUUGAGGAGGAUGAGGAGCACCAGACGUCCUGUGAUUGAUCCUCUGGAAUCAGGCAGGAUGGGGAGCACUCAGGAGGAGUCCUCCCCUUUAAGCCCCCUCUCUCCUGUACAGAGAGUCAAAUCUCCCUUAGCAACAAACCCUUCAUCCGAUGGAGAGAAUAGUAAAGAACCUCAGUCAGUUUCAUCGUCUGGCCGACAGAGAACCAGAUCACAUAGAUCAAAGACAUUUGAAAAUGGUAUCCCAUCCACCAAACUGGAAGGCUACAGUGCGGAUUCUGCUCUAAUGAAAUCGUCCGGGGUAGAAGUACAGAGCCCUGGGAAGUGCUCUCCUCAGGCCCCCAUUCACUGCAAUCAGCAGUCACCCAAUAAUGGAGGGGUCAGUGAGCGAUUGGCAAAAGAUAAUGGGCAGAUCUAUUCAUCAGGUCGUGGUUUCCAGGCGGGCGCUUUUUCAAUAGAGUGUCGACAGUCUCCCCACAAUGUAGAGGGCUUUUGA